CUACAUUGGUGAGAGCCACAUUGGGCAGACCGGCACGGUCACAGCCAUAGCUGCCGAAAGAGUCACCGCAAGCUCCUCCUCGCAGCUCCCGCUGCUGCCAGCUCCGCCGCCGUGAUGGCUGCAAGCAUCCCUACCCAGAUCGCCGAGACGGUCCAGACGGCACACAUCCAGCGCAACCCGUCGCCGCGCCACGACCUGAACCCCUCGACCGCCGCGUCCGCAAAAGUGCCCAUCAGCCUGCAUUCGGCCGCCAGCAAGAGCGACCUGCUGUCCGAAGACUACGACGACGUCGAGGGCUACUCGGACGACGACGACGACGAUGACGACGACAUCCCCCUAAGCGUUCUCCGCCCCCGCGCCCGCAGGACAGACUUCCCCCCCAUGCCCGACCUGCGCUUCGAGCAGAGCUACCUCAACAGCAUCUCCAAGGCACAGUCGUGGCAAGGCAUCGCGUGGAUCACGUUCAGAGACCAGAUGAUCAUGCCCUUUACCCAAGGCGUGCUCUACAACCUCGCCAUCUGCGGCUGGCAGCAUUGGAACCGUACUGCUCAGAUCAGCGGCAGUUCGUAUGGCGCCAGGUUACGCAGGUGGUGGUACCAGGUCAACAACUGGCCAGUGCCUGCGGAUUCAAGACAGAGGUCGAGGAGAUGACGGUGAUGAUCAUGGCGCAGUGAAGAGCCAAGCUCGAGGGCCGCUGGAUAUUAUUUGUACAUGUAUCGCUUGGCUACGAAGGGUUAGCUAUUU